AUGUCCCAGGCCAAUGAUCCACCCGCCCCCGCCGAGGCGCCGCCGGCCGCGCCCGAAGCCGCCGCCGGCGGUCCGCCGGCCGGCGAAGUGCGCUCGCUGAGCGACAUUGACGAGGCGCUCAAGAAGACGCUCUACGACAGCAGCGGCAACCCGCUGUUGUGCAUGGCGUUGGCGAAGAUCGAGGGCAGCACCGGAGUCAAGAGGGAGAGGGUAAUUUGGGGGAAAUUUUGAGGGAAAUCGAGGAGGGUCCGAUGUGAAAAAGUACUCAGAUCUUCUCUACAAGAUCUUUGGAAGUCUUUAGACAUUAAAAAGACAAAAAUUUAAACUUAAUUUUCCGUCCUAAUGCCGGUCGUCUCUAAUUUUAGGUCAUUUUACCCCAAAAAAACUCAUUUUCAUUUGCAAAGAUCCACUCCUUUACAAAGUUCGUCUAGCCUUAAGUCCGAGAACAGCCUGAUUUUUGUCCCCAAAGGGCAUUCCCGCCCUAUAACCCCCAAAAAAACCAUCCAUUUUUCACCAUUUUGACCUCGUCUAAAAUAAGGUCAUUUGGUCCUAAAAACUAUUUUUUUUCAAUGUUUUUACUUCAAUAGCCUCUUUAUUAUACCAUAUAGAGUUUAUACCUUCUAUUUACCACCUUAUAAACUAUAUUUUCCCCAAAAAAAUGUCAAUUUCCCCGUCUAAUCGCCGCAUUUUUCAGAUCGCCUAUGGAGUUUUGGGCGUGGUCGGUCUCUACUUGAUUGUGGGCUCGCUGGCCGAGCUGAUCUGCAACCUGAUCGGGUUCGCGUACCCGGCGUACGCGUCCGUGAAGGCGGUGCGCACCGAGGGCAAGGAGGAUGACACCCAGUGGCUCAUCUAUUGGACCUGCUUCGCCUUCUUUUCGCUGAUCGACUUCUUUGCCGAACGCAUCUGCAGCUGGUUCCCCAUCUACUGGCUGGUCAAGGUGGGUGCGGGGAAAUCUUUUGUUUUGGGCGGUUGGAAAGCGAUUUAGCGGGCUGAAACGGAAUGCCAAAGUGGUUUAAACGGAAUGCCAAAGGUUUUAAGGGUUUCGUGGCGGGACCCAGAAUUUGUAGGAAAAUGUAUGAGGGUUUAGAAAAGUGAAUUUAUUAUCCAAUGUAGUAAAUUUUGAAGCGAUUUAGCGGGUUGAAACGGAAUGCCAAAGAGUUUGAAGGUUUUCGUGGCGGGACCGAAAAUUUUUAGGAGAUUUUAAAAGGGUCUAUAAAAGUCGACUAGCUAUUCAAUACAGUAAAUUUUGCAGCGAUUUGGCUGUUUGAAACACAAAGCCAAAGGGUUUGAAGGAGUUCGUGGCGGGACUCAAAAUUUUUAGGAAACUUUAAAAGGGUUUAGAAAAGUUGACUAGUUAUUCAAUCCAGUAAAUUUUUCAGCGAUUUAGCGAGUUGAAACGGAAUGCCAAAGGUUUGAAGGUUUUCGGGGCGGGACUCAACAAGUCGAUAAAGUUGUAAAAUUACGUUAUUUAUGAGGCUUUUUGGUUUUUAGAAUAUGCAAACUGACCAAUUUAAGAGUCAAAAUGCGAUGCCAAGCUGUGGCAAUGCCUUCGUGGUGGGACCCAAAGAAAUUUUUUUUCAUUACAAAAAUGCCGUUUCUGAACUUUUAUAGUUGUUAAAAUACGAUUAGCGAUUAUAGUUCUAUUAGUUAUUUUGAAGGUUGAAACACAAUGCCAAGUACCAAAAAUAUUUCGUGGUGGGACCCAAAAAACACUUUUUUCAUUACAAAAAAUUGUCUGAAUUUUUACAGUUGCUAAAAUACGACAAAAGUUUCUAGAGAUAUAUUUUGAGGGUUGAAACACAAUGCCACGCACCAAAAAUAUUUCGUGGUGGGACCCAAGAAAUUUUGAAAAUUUUCCAAAAAUGACGUCAUUUCAAAAAUUUUUUGCAAAUGCUAAUACACGUCUUCUUUUCAGACCAUCUACCUGAUCUACUUGGCCGCGCCGCAAACUCGUGGCGCGCUCCGAAUGUACAAGAAGGUGGUGGAUCCGGCCGUCCACAAAAUCGACGAAAUCUGGGAGCAGUACAGCAAGAAACUCGAAUAA